AUGGCAGACAAAGUCAUCAAAGACGACCUGACACCAAAAACUCACAGCACACAAAACACACCCGACGUCGCAAAGGAGCCAUUGCCCUCUGGUCGCAACCCGCUCAACGGCAACCCAGGCAACCAAUUAAGCCAACGCAACCCUUCAGACGCCAAAUCAGAAGAUGGCAAGAAAAAGGAUGAUAGAGAUUCGAGUUUGAAGAUCAAGAUUGAGUUGGAUUUGGAUGUGGAGGUGCAUCUUACCGCGAGAAUCAAGGGUGAUAUUACUAUUGGUCUUUUGUAG